AUGUAUAUCAUCACUAUUGUCGCCGUCUGGAUCACAGCACUUCUCGGCACGGCAUCCGCAAAUCCCAUCAUCAGAAAGUCCAUCAACCCCGACUACCUCAAGGCCCGAUCACCUCUCAGCCUUGAUGUCUUUGUGGCGACCGCUGAUGCCUGGCCCACCAACGUCGUCUUCGUCGGAGGAAGUCAAUCUUAUGGUUUAUGGAUCCCGACAGACGGCUCUUGGUACGACCUGGGCAGCAUCGAAUGUCUCGGCCUGCCUGCGAAUGCCAUCGGCGACUGCAACGACGUGACUAUCAAUCAGAUCGGAGUGGUGGCGGGAUACGGACCCUGCACGUUUGUCGGCAACGCUGGUUACUCUGCGACCAUUCCGGGGAAUCCCGGUGACGGCUACUACACGGUUGGACCACCUCAGAAUAUCCUGUCUGCAACUUGCGGUCCCGCAUGA